AAGAGAUCAAGAGCGAGAAUUUCGUGCCGCGUGUGCAUGUGCCGUGGUGAAAAAGAGAGAGAGAGAGAGGGAGAGAAAGGGGGGAAUACUGGACAGAGCAGUAGUACUGUAGUAGUUCACUUGACAGUAUUCAGUAACUGUAGUCUGUAGGUCGUUGUUCCCUGCUGCUCUUGUCCCGCUGUUGAACUUGGAGUGGACGUGUACUGUGGAGCGUAGCAGCAGUGCAGUGUGCCUGCGGCAUAGACUCGAGCGCUCGCGCUCCUGGGCCCCCUGCGUGUGCUCCGUGUGCAGUAGUAAUAACACAGCCCAUGUGAGUGAAAGAAAAAAAUAGGUGCAAGAAAUUCGGCAAUGUCCUGAAAAAGCGCUCGACAUACAGCAGUGAGAUAACCUCGUUUGGAAGAGACGAAAGCGCUAGCGCUACGAGAAACCCACCGCGUCGACAGGCGCUCAGCUUCACCAAACCCUCCCCGCACUGCUACAGGACUCUGCGGAAUAGCUAGCGGCUGUUUGGACGUGUGCUACACCUAGUGUUGGUGCCCGAGCGAUGGCCGACGCUUCGCUCUUUUCUCGGCGUAAUCCUGAAGAUGAGUUCGAGCUAAUCAAAAAGGUUGGAAGCGGUACGUAUGGCGAAGUCUACAAGGCCAAGGUGGUCAAAAGCGGACUGUACAGUGCGCUGAAGAUUAUCAACAUCGACCAGGGCGAUGACUUCGCCAUUAUCCAGCAGGAGAUUCAGAUCUUGGCGGACUGCAAGCACCCGAACAUCGUGGCCUACUUCGGCAGCUACCUGCGCAAGGAUAAGCUGUGGAUCGCCAUGGAGUACUGUGGCGGCGGCAGCCUGCAAGAUAUCUACAACGUGACGGGCGGCCUGAAUGAGCUGCAGAUCGCCUACGUUUGUAGAGAGACUCUGCAAGGUCUCGCCUAUCUCCACGAGAAGAACAAAAUGCAUCGAGACAUCAAAGGUGCCAACAUCCUUCUAACGGAGAAAGGAGAUGUGAAGUUAGCUGAUUUCGGCAUCGCCGCUCAGAUUACCAUGACACUAGGAAAGAGAAAAUCGUUCAUCGGCACACCCUACUGGAUGGCACCGGAGGUGGCAGCCGUCGAGAAGAAAGGCGGCUAUGAUCAAAAGUGUGACGUAUGGGCUGUUGGCAUAGUCGCCAUUGAACUAGCGGAGACACAACCUCCAAUGUUCGACCUUCACCCGAUGCGAGCUCUCUACCUCAUGUCGAAGUCGAACUUCAAGCCACCGCAGCUGAAGCACCGCGCAAAGUGGAGUGCCGAGAUGCACGACUUCGUCAAGUUCAGCCUCAAGCGCGACUCGAAGAAGCGGCCGUCCGCCAAGGAGCUCCUGAAGCACCCGUUCUGCGAUCGUCCGCUGGUACGCGAGCUCAUGACCAACCUGCUCCACCAGGCCAUGAACCCGGAGGAUCUGACGCGCUCACAGGACGAGGAGGAGGAGGAGGAGGAGGUUGCGCACCCACCGGCCAAGACGUCGCAGCUGCAGCGCAUCAACUCCAGCCGCCACAAGCGCGAGUCGCGCACACCGAACAUCGAGCCAGGCGACCUGGGCGGCGUCGGCGAACUCAACCUGAUGCCGCCGAUCAGUCGACUGCAGGACCAGAACUGGGACGCGUCUCCGGCCAACGCCGCCGCCAGCGCCAACGAACCGCCGUCGUUUCCGCCACCGCAACGAUCGCACGCGGCAGCAGCGCCAUCGCAGGCAGUAGCGCCUAGCGCUGCCGCCGACAGUGCCAGCGCUCCUCCGCUGCCGCCCAGACCUCGCGGCGCAGCCCCUGGUCCCACGUCGCCGGGGACAACGGUGGGUGCUGCUGCGGCCGCUGCUGCUCCACCGCCGGUUGAAGUGGCCCCGCCGCGGCCGGCCAAGCCGAGCAUCAACCGACCAACACCCGUCGCGCCCAUCAUCAGUGCGCCGAGUGGCGGGUCUAACGAUGCUCCACCUCCGCCACUGCCAGACAGAAGACCAACGCAGAGACGAUCUGCUCAACAGACUACGUGCUUCUCGAAGAUUUUCAGCGGCUGCCCGUUGACAAUCCACUGUGCGUCGUCAUGGCUGGAGCCAGAAUCCCGCAGUCAACACAUCCUACUUGGCGCGGAAGAAGGCUUGUAUACGUUAAACUUGAACCAGGGUGUGGACGUGGCCAUGGAGCAAGUGUACCCACGCAAGUGUACCUGGCUCUUUGUCGUGCACAACGUACUAGUCUCCAUAUCCGGCGCCGCUGGUCAUUUAUGCAUGACCGAUCUAGUGCAGAUUCACGACAAGGGCACGGAGGGGUCUGCUCGCAGUAGUUUUGGCUCUCGCCGUCGUUUCAGUCACACAACGAAAGUGCCCGACUCUCGGGGCUCACUAAAGUGCUGUGUUGCAAGAAACCCGUUCAAUGACCAGCAGUAUCUGUGUGCGGCGACGGCAAAGUCUAUCAUUCUUAUGCAGUGGUAUGAGCCGCUUCAGAAGUUCAUGUUGGUAAAGACGUUUGACUCGCAGCUGCCGUCCCCGCUCAACGUGUUUGAGCCGUUCGUUGUCAAGACGGAGGAGUACCCCAUCAUCUGUGUCGGUGUCACACAAGGUGAAGGCGAGAAUGUCAAGUUCGACACGAUUAAUCUGAACAGCAAUGCCACCUGGUUUCCAAACAACGACACACAGAUAAGUAUCAAGACAUUGUGUCAACUCGAGAAAGACACGCUGGUGGUGGCGUGCGACGAUUCGGCAAAGUUCGUCAACCUGAGCGGCCAGCUGAAGACCUCAUCCCGGCAAGCGUCUGUGCUGACAUUCGAGCCACCACCAGAGCACAUAGUCUGCUUGCAGGGAUCAGUGCUCAGUUUCCACCGACACGGCAUGCUGGGAAAGAGCCUAUCGACACGGCAAGUCAUCGCACAGGUCACGGAUCCUACGCGUGUCUUCAGACUGCUCGGGUCGGAUCGUGUCAUUAUCAUCGAGAGCAGAAUGGUGGACGACGUCUCGGCAGCCUCCAAUCUCUACAUCCUGGCUGGCAACUAGUGACACAAGUGCACACGGCGUUGACCGGAAAUUACAAGCGUCCCAGCUCUGGUGUUGGUGUCGCCACAGCCAUCGCUGCCGCUGUUGUGCUUUGGCAUGUGCGGUGACAGGUGUCUGCCUCCAUCUCCUGCUCGGCCUUCUCUGCUGCAUCGCGUCCGCGCGUCUCGUUUCCAAACACCCCCGUCUGUGUGUGUUUUUGUGCACGCGCAUGCGAGGAAGCUCGGCUGAUCUGACGCGGAGCUGUGCGAUGUCGCGCUGUGCCAUUGGCGUCUCAUUUCCUACGGUCAUCCUGAAUGUUUCAUAGUUCUCGUCCCCACCC